AUGUCAGCACUGGAACCUGUCGUAGCAAAGCUGGCAGGCGACCCUGCCCACGACGAGAACCAACGAACCAUCUCCGAAGCCAUUGGUGCUGAUCACGGAGCCAUCGACGUGUACUCCGACAACAUCAAGACUGCGAGCACAUUGCAAGAGAAGAUUGAAUGGAGGAACCAAUUCACCUGGGCUCUCGCACGUCAUGCUGUCAGUGAGGAGCUGACCUUGUACCCGGUCAUGGAGAAGAAGCUCGGUCAAAAGGGGAAGGAGAUGGCCGACGUGGACCGCGAGCAGCAUAUGGCGGUGAAGAAAGACCUCUACGAACUCCAAGACAUGAGCCCCGACAACAAAGACUUCUUCCCACUUCUCGAUAUCCUCAUGACGGACCUGCACAAGCACAUUGAGCAUGAAAGCAAUGAGGAUAUGCCCAGGCUCGAAGAAAUCUUGACAAGGGAGGAGAGCAAAAGUCUUGCCAACUACUUCGAGAAGACGAAGCUCAUACUUCCUACACGAUCUCACCCAUCGGCGCCAAACAAGCCAUACUUCGAGAACUUCGCGGCGAUGCUGGCGGCUCCGAUUGAUAAAUUCAUGGAUCUCUUGAGGGCGUUUCCGGAGGAAGGGAAGCUUGGAGAUGUGUCGGCAAGUGAGGCGCCGGCAGUAGUCCAGAAGAGUUAG